AUGCUGUCAUUACAUCACUGUGUGUUUCCUCUGAUUCUCCUCAUUCUCACAGGUGUCAGCUGUGAGGAGCUCACUCCAAAAACCACAGACGAGUCCAGUAUAGAGGGCAGCACGGUUACUCUGUCUUACAGAUAUGACAAACAAGCUACUUCAGUUGACGAGUUUUACUGGUAUCGACAAUAUCCUGGAAAACCACCAGAGUUCCUCAUAUCUCAUUUGGGAUCAGGAAGUGUAAUGAAACAAGAAAUCUCCAGUCUGUAUGUUCAAGUGGUGGACGAGCAAAAGCAAAUGGAUCUUCAGAUCUCCUCUGCUGCAGUGACAGACUCUGCUGUGUACUACUGUACAGUGAUACAAGAGGAGGAACAGGCUGAAGGAGGAGCAACACUGUCACAGAGCAGAGCAGAAAAGGACUCCCACUGUCAGAUCCAUUCAAUAUCUAUAGCAUACAGAACAGAUAGUGUGUGGAAGAUGCUGUCACUGCAUUACUGGCUCAUGUUUCCUUUGUUUCUGAUCACACUAACAGGUGUCAGCUGUGAUCAACUCACUGCAGUCAAGGAGGAAGAGUCCAGUUUAGAAGGCACCACUGUGACUCUGUCCUACAGACUAUCCAGAGAAGCUAAUGUCAAUGAUUGUUUCUUCUGGUAUAGACAAUAUCCAGGAAAACCACCAGAGUUCCUGCUCUCUCAUUUGGGAAAUGGGAAUUUAGUGAAAAAAGAGAUCUCCAGAGUGACUUUUGAAGUGGUUGGCGAUAAACAACAAAUGCAGAUCUCCUCUGCUGCAGUGACAGACUCUGCUGUGUACUACUGUGCUAUAGUGGGCCUACAAGAGAGUGGGCCCAUGUCUCCUCUUCAGGCCGUGCCUGACCACCAGACACUCUUCCUCCAGCUCCCACCCCAGGCCUGGCUCCAGACUGGGGCCCUGGUAACCCUAUCCAAGGAAGGAUAA